ACUAGAGGCAUUUGAAAACCGUGGAUACAUUCUUUGGGGAUACCAUAAGCAUGGUAAGGUAUUCCAGACUUAACUUCUACCAUUGAAUGGGGAAACUAGAAAUCAUUUCAUAGGAUUACUCAAAGGACUUGAUUAUUUAUAGAUAAUACUUGGAUAAAGCAACUCAGAAAGACUGGCAACAGUGAACAUGGGGACUGUAAAUUCUCUUCAAACCACCUUUCAGGUUGUUAUCAUGACUUGCUGUGCUGUGGGGAUAAUAGUCAAUGUAUUUAUUUUGGUCAUUGGCUACCUAGACUGGGCAACAAGGAAAAAACUGCCCAAUUGUUACAUGAUUGUAAGUUGUCUCAGUUCAUCUAGACUUCUUCUGCAAGGGACAGUAUUGUACUCUACGCUUUGCCAAGGGACACGCCACUGGAAUGUACUCAGGGUACAGUCAGCCCUCCUGGUGUUGUCCAGCACAGCUUGCCUUUGGUUUGCUGCUUGCCUCAGUGCCUUCUACUGUGCAAAGAUUGCCACUUUCACCCAGCGGCAUUUCCUGCUAAUGAAGCUGAGAAUCUCUGGGAUGGUUCCAUAUCUUCUUCUGGGAUCAAUGUUGGUCUCUUUGAUCUCUUCUGUCCCUUUCAUCUGGACAGAUUUUAGUGUUCACCUCUGUAACUCAACCAGGAGUUCUGUGAAAAACACCACCAGUGACAGCACCGUUGGGAACAUCUCCUACUUCAAGGUUUUCAUCGUGUACCUGACUUGGAUGACCAUUCCUCUUCUGUUCUUCACAGCAUCAUCCACCCUCCUAAUUGCAUCUCUCUGGAGACACACCAAACAGAUGAGACGCAACAUGACUGGCUUCAAGGAUCUGAGCACACAGGUUCACAGCAAUGCCAUUAAGACUCUGAUCUCCUUCCUAGUGCUUUAUUUCUGCAGCUUUGUAGAUGAGAUUCUGCUGGGGAUCCCUUCCUGCCUAACUAGGAAUAGAUGGAAACACAGUAUCUGUUCAUUCAUUGCUGCUGUAUGCCCCUCCAUCCAUUCCAUUCUUUUGAUUUUCUUUAAUGUUAGGCUGAAGCAGACAUUCAAAGGCAUUCUGCUUUCCAUGAGGUGCCAUGGGGGAAAAGCCUGUUCCUAAGAGCCUGCCAAAAAGAAGAAGAAGAAGAAGAAGAAGAAGAGGGAGACAGUUUUGUCAUCUGAAAGGACCUGGGAAGAUUAAUUUACUCAUAGUUAAGAUGAACAAAUUUAUCUUCCCAGGUCCUUUCAGAUUGCAGUUAUGUUUAUAAACAUAGGACUUUUAUUUCUAUUUUUAUUUCAAAGUUUCAGCAGCUAUUUCCAUUUCAGAAUGCUUUCAGUAGAGAGCUUGUUGUUGUUGUUGUUGUUGCUGUUGUUGUUUUUGCAAAUGCACAGUGUAGUUGCAGGCAGGAAACUAAAGUGUGGAGUUGUGGCUUGGAUGAUAUUAAAUCUAUUUUUAAUUUCUUCUCAAGGAAGCAUUGCUUUACUGCAUAUGUAAAAGUGUCAUGUAUUCCCCCAAAAUAAUUUAAAUCCAAACCAACUUUAUACAAAUAUUUGAGAGGACGCAUUCUCUCUCCCUUUGUCUUAUCUUUUGUUUUGAUUAUAAAUUAAUGAAAAAAAUUCUUUUUAAUUUUUUUUCACAGAGAUUAUACAUCAGGAAUGGUUUCUAACAGUUUUCAUUGUCUCUGUUAAAACACAUCAGAACCUGAAUUCCACCAGUAGUUGUGGUUGUAAUGAUUUUAUAUAGUAAUUUUUUAAAAUUAUCUCUGGUUGAUCAAGAAAUUGGAAGCCAAAUUGACAGAGGUUCUUUCACUAGGGUUCUUCAACUAGGGUUUUUUUCAACUAGUUCUUCUGCCAGGGUUCUUUCCAAAUUUUUCAUUUAGUGGUUCUGUGAAUCUAGAUGAUCACAAGAUCUUUUUGGACUGAAAGAUUCUAUGAGUCUAACCUAAUCACACAGGUAAGGCUUUUUUUAAAACAAGCUUUUAAAAAUGCACACCUCUUCUGAAGAAAGGUUGCCAAGAAAACCUCAUGAUAGGUUCACCAUGAAUCUGAAUGAGCGUGAAGGUACAUAAGAAGAGCAAAUAUAAUGGAGGGUAGAUGAAGCAUUUGAAGGGAAGCGUCACCAAGCUACACUGCUCUUUAAAAUUAGAAAUAACAUAAUGAACAUGAGCCAAGAGUGUGAUGCAGAAGCUUAAAAAGCCAAUGGGAUUUUGGGCUGCAUCAAAAGAAGCAUAGUGUCUAGAUCGAGGGAAGUCAUAGUACCUUUGUAUUAUGCUUUGAUUAUAUCUCUUACCUGAAAUAUUGUGUCAAAUCCUGGGCACAACAGUUCAAAAAAGAUAUUGACAAGGUGGAAGGUGUCCAGAGGGGGGCAACUAAAAUGAUUAAAGGUCUGGAGACCAUGAAUUCCCAUGAGGAGCAUCUUAAAGAGCUGAGUAUGUUUAGUCUGAAGAAGAGAAAGUUGAGAGGAGACAUUAUAGCCAUUUAUAAAUAUGUGGAAGGGUGUCAUAAGGAAGAGGGAGUAGGCUUGUUUUUUGCUGCCCUAGAAACUAGGACUCAGAGCGAUGGGUUCAAAUUACAGGAAAGGAGAUUCCACCUGAACAACAGGAAGAACUUCCAGCCCAUACAAACUGUUCAACAGUGGAACUCUCAGCCUCAGAGUGUGAUGGAAACUUCUUCCUUGGAAACUUUUAAACAGAAUCUCUUCCAACUCUAUUAUUAUAUGAUUCUAUGAUUCUAAUGCUGUAAUGCCUUAUCCAUGCUAUCACUUCACCAAUAAAAGCAGGUAAUAGUGAACUUCAGGAGCUGGGAGAAAUUCCAUUAAAGACAUAUAGAAACAAAAUCGCUGUAUUUACUACUGAUGAAGAGAAAUGUGUUUGAGUUUCAUUUAAAAGCUAACCAUUCCACUUUGCAUAUACUAAACAAAGGGUUCAUCUACAUGAUAGAAUUCAUGCAGUUUAACACUAUUUUAACUAUGAUGGUUCAAUGAUAUGUGUUGGGAAUCUAGGAGCUGUUAAGCUCAAAUCACCCUCUUUGUGAGGUAAAUUCCUGGGAAAACAGCAGAGUGUGUGGAAGUAUUUCUUCCAAUGCAGCAGAGAAACUUACGCGGGGUGAGUUUAGGAAAGCCUUUGUCUUCUUCAGGAUGGCAAAGGAUCGCAAAGCCAGCUUAAAAGUUUAAAAGCAUUUAUUGAGGUAAAAAGAAAUCCAUUGAUGGAUAGAAAAGGUUUGGAGCUAACUAGCUUAUCUAAUCUGGUCUAAGAUAGGUAGACGGAUCAAAAUAACAAAGAAUCUAGAUAGAAUCUAGACAUCUUGACUACAAGAGGGGACAAAAUGCGUCCUCUCUGUGAAACAAAGCAGGAAGAAAGAAUGGUGACCACCUUUCUUCUCUAGGGCCAUAAAAAUUCUAAAGGCCAAAUUGAGGAGGUUACAUCAAGCCCUAGGAGAGAUCACAUUUCUAAAAUCAACAAAAGGAUGGGGUGGAUCUAAACAGGACAGGAAGAAGGAAAUAAGAGUAAAGCCUAUCAAGCAUGCAUAGGACUGUGGGAAGGUGUCCCUGACUCUGCUCAAGGCUUGCUAACUAACAAUAGAGACUUAGGCAGUGCAGAAUGACAUCUCUAACAAUAUGGAAUCAUGGGAGUUAUAGUUUUGUAAAGCACCAGCACACUUUGGCAGAGAAGGCUAGAGAGAUUUUGUGAAGAGCAAUAUCAACAAUGUGGCUGGAAGAGGAGCAGGAGCAAAAGAAGGAAGACACUGUAAAACUACAAUUCCCAUGAUUCCAUAGCACUAAGCCAUGGCAGUUGGAAUGGUGUCAAACUAUACUAUUUCUAAAGUGUAGAUGAGCCCUAAAUUAGGAACAGAACUUAUAUAAUUCUUCAGUGUUUGUACUUUUUAAAUCAGAACAUGAAUACAAAAUGCUUCCAUAUGGGGAAUUUUUAAAAUAGAAAAUAGCAUAGGUUAGUUGAAAUGUCAUUAAAAAUACAUAUAUUAGGUAAUAUUACUUACAGGAAUGAAUCUAUUAAGUGAAAUCACAUACAAAAACAUAUCAACUGGGUAAAAGGUAUCUAACAAACCAUAUUUCUCCAUAUGUUUCCACCCACACCCUUGGAUCCAGAAGAGAUGGCCUUCUAUCAGUCCCACCACCUUCACAAAUAUGGUUUGUGGGAACAUGAGAAAUAAUGUUCUCAGUGGCUUCCCCUAGACUUUGGAACUCCUUCCCAAGUAAUAAAUUUUACAGUCUUUCUUAACAUGCAAAAUUCCAAUGUGUGAGUCAUUAUUUUGUUAAAAGAGACAGAAAAACAUUCAAUCAUAUAAUCUUCCACCUGCAUUCUAAAGGGUCAAAAUAAACCUUAUCAACUGUAGUGCACAAUAAGAAGUAUAAUAGGGUCAACGUUAUGAUUUUCUUCUUGUUUCUAAUCCCCCCUUGGUCAGAUGACAGAUGAUGUUCCAAUUUGCCUAAAGCAGGAUAUAGACUCUGCCAUGAAACAUCUCUCUGAUUUGCAUCCUGAGAGAAUCUAUGCUAAAAUGGUUUCAAAUAGUAUUUUGCAACUACUUCCUGAUCCUGGAGAAAUACCAUACACAAACAUAUGUAUCUUAUAUUUGGAUAUACAAAUUAUACCUGAUCCGGAUGAUAGGACAUGCAAAAACAGUGCUUGCACAAUGAAAACCUGUCAUUCACAGUAUACAUUCUUAUAGGAUUGCAUCUGAGAAAUGGUAUGAUCGUUGGGAUAUGCCACAAAAUGAUUUUGAUAUUUCAUGCUGAAUCUGUGCUUGUAAUGUAGGAACCCAGUCCUGGUUUUCCCCUAACAGUUCCUAUUGACUGUAGGUGCUUUCAUCUGG